AUGGCAACGUCCAUCUUCUCUCGGAAACGCGACCUUGUUUACCUGGUGCAUUUCUGCAUCGGUCUUCCAUUGAUGUUCCUCGUAGAUCUACAAUCCCUUUACCCCGCGCACCUCGUCCCGUCUUUCAUGGUGAAUCUCAAGUCCUAUUAUAUCAGCACGUACAACGAUCUAUUCUUCAUCUCGCCGCCGCCGUUCUUCAAGCUGUACAUGUGGUCUGAGCUUUUAUACCAAGCUCCUGUUAUGCUAUGGGCUAUUCCUAACUUAUAUAACAAUUCCCCCAAAGUCCCACUCGUGCUCCUUCCCUUCUCAUGCCUAAUCUUCAUCACCACACUCACCUGCAUGAUCGAAUACUCAUUCUGGUCCGUCCCCCUCCAACAAAAACUGGAUCUGAGCACCCUCUACGGUCCUUAUCUCGCACUAUCAGCGUUUAUGGGCAUCGAUAUGUAUGGCAGGAUUAGUGGGGUUAUUGAUGGAGCUGCUGCUGUGGCGCGGGUGAAGGAGAGUAAGAAGUUGAGAUGA